GUUUCUGCUUUUAAUUAAUGUAGAUUUACAAAUACACUUUCUUAGAGAGCAUUAACCUUUACCAAAUGCCGAAGUUGCAAAAUUUGACAGUUGGCUAACUGAAUCACCUUUGAAAUCUACGGGAGCCAUCAUCGUCAAAAAUCAACGUGCCCAGAGGCAGGGGGAGCAAGUAUCUGCUGUGAUCGUCAAAUGAGAGCUCAGAACUGCUUAAAUGGUGGAAAGGGUCAUCAAUUCUUGCCCUUUUUAAAUUUUUCAUUUUCAUCUCCUGAUGGGAAAAAUACCAACGAAGACAAGUGAAUCUAAUUUUCUUAUGUGGCUAUAAUGGACAGAUGUUGUCCUGUAACGGAGACUCCAUGUGCCUGAGGAGCCUAGAAAGUUGGACUAUGGACAGAGUUAAAUUCACAGGCGCACAGGUGCAGGGUAUGAUUUAUAGAGAGAGGCAGAGGAGGCCGGGGGGAGAAACUCGCGUACAUUUUUCUUUUUCUGUAUAAAAGCCAAGGUAGCUGCAAUUGUCGAAAGGAUUCACAGGCCAGCAAAGCUAAACCACCCCUUUCAACAUCUGUUCACGCAUUUCCUCCCUCUUUAACUCUUAAGCUGCCUCCAUUUUCAGUGGUUCACAGCUUCUCUGAUAUCACGCAUUGGAACUCACUCCCUCCCUCCAUACCCUUUGUCUUCUUGUUAAGGGUUUUGCCUUUUCCUCUGGACUUUCUGUUUCUAAGCUUCUGGGUACUUCAAAUCUUCGUUUCUUAGUGAUUUUUGCGAUCUUUGUAUUGUAGUAUUUAAUUUAUAAUGCUUGAUUCUCUCUAGAUCUCUCUUCAGCUUCCCAUACUUUGCUCUGACCCUUAAGCAUCGUCUCUGCGGUUGCCGUUAUAAAAUUUUCCGUAUUAUGUUAUAAACAGCUUUUAACAUGUAAUGGUAAUACAACUGUCUCUCCAUUACCUGGUCGUAUCUUUGUGUGAUCUAUACUCUACUUGGUUGCUCAGAUUGGCGUUUUACUUUAUUGGGACUUGGGUUGAGGCCCUCCCUUGCUAGUAAUUUAGCAGUGUUGUAUUUCUGAUCCGUCAUCUUCUGGAAUCACUGACCUCUGACCAAGCCAAUACCCUAGCAGUAAAGCUGCUGCAAUGGAUUCUUGCUGUGUCAACUUGAAAGCCAACACCCAUCUGGGAAGAGCCAGCGAAGUUGGCCUAAGCAAUGGAGAUAAGGGAUUUUUGGGGGAGAGGAUCAGAGGGAGUCUGAAUACAAGUGUUUGGGCUAAUCAUAUUUCAAAAAGAUUGAGAACUGAGAAGAGGGAGGGGAAGAUCAAUCGUGGGGCUGCUUUCUCUGUUUUGACACCAAAUGAUGUCAAAGAGACCGUGACUCUCCAAGUGCCAGUGUUUGAGAGACGAAAAGCAGAACCAAAAAAUGUAGCUUCCAUCAUAUUGGGAGGAGGCGCUGGGACUCAGCUCUUUCCUCUUACCAGCAGAAGAGCCACACCCGCUGUUCCAGUUGGAGGAUGCUACAGGCUUAUAGACAUUCCAAUGAGCAACUGUAUCAACAGUGGCAUAAACAAGAUAUUUGUGCUGACCCAGUACAACUCUGCUUCCCUUAAUCGUCACAUCGCUACCACAUACUUUGGGAAUAACUUUGGGGAUGGAUUUGUCGAGGUUUUGGCAGCUACUCAAACACCAGGAGAAGCAGGAAUGAAGUGGUUCCAAGGAACUGCAGAUGCUGUGAGGCAAUUUACAUGGGUAUUUGAGGAUGCCAGGAACAAGAACAUUGAGAAUAUCCUUAUAUUGGCAGGAGAUCAUCUUUAUCGGAUGAACUACAUGGAACUUUUGCAGAAUCACAUUGACAGGCAAGCUGAUAUUACAGUUUCAUGUGUGCCAGUUGGUGGCAGCCGUGUAUCUGAUUACGGACUAAUGAAGAUAGACAGCAGAGGCCGAGUAAUUCACUUUGCGGAAAAACCAAAGGGCAAUGAUCUGAAAGCAAUGCAAGCAGAUACAACUAUUCUAGGAUUGUCUCCACAAGAUGCCUUGAAAUCCCCAUAUAUAGCAUCAAUGGGAGUCUAUGUAUUCAAGACGGAUAUAUUAUUGAAGCUUCUGAGGUGGAGAUAUCCUACUUCCAAUGAUUUUGGAUCUGAAAUCAUUCCUUCAGCUGUGAUGGAGCACAAUGUCCAAGCAUACCUAUUCAGGGACUAUUGGGAUGACAUUGGAACAAUAAAGUCUUUCUAUGAUGCUAAUAUGGCACUCACAGAGGAGUUACCAAAGUUUGAAUUUUACGAUCCCAAGACACCUUUCUUCACAUCUCCUCGAUUCUUACCACCAACCAAAAUUGAAAAAUGCCGGAUUGUGGAUGCAAUAGUAUCGCAUGGGUGUUUCUUGCAACAAUGUAGUGUUGAACACUCCAUAGUGGGUGAACGGUCACGCUUAGACUAUGGCGUUGAACUUAAGGAUACAUUGAUGAUGGGAGCAGACAAUUACCAAACAGAAUCUGAAAUUGCAUCCCUGCUGGCAGAGGGGAAGGUUCCAAUCGGAGUGGGACGAAAUACAAAAAUCAGGAACUGUAUAAUUGACAAGAAUGCAAAGAUAGGAAAGGAUGUGAUUAUCAUGAAUAAAGAUGGUGUCCAAGAAGCAAAUAGGCCAGAAGAAGGCUUUUACAUUCGGAAUGGGAUCACCAUUAUACUGGAGAAAGCAACAAUACCAGAUGGCACUGUUAUAUAGAUGGAUCUCAAGCACUCUUUCGGAGUUGUUCAAUUUGAGAGCUUGAAGAGGAUUUGCGAAGCAAGGCUCAGUUGGCUGCACGAGAAGCUGGGAAGAUGGUCGUCCUUGCAUGAUUCUGCCUCUAUUCCUGUGUGUAUCGAAAUCCAUAUCCAUGUAAAAAUAAAAGCCAAUAGGAGUUUCUAGCUGAGAAAACUUUUGGUUCAGAACAAUAAUGUUAGCAAGUCCCCAGAGGCUUGUUUCAGACUCUUUUUUAAGUUCCAAUGUAUAAAGAAGAGGGUCUUUAUUUUA